GCAAAAAGGAGAGAGAAAGAAAGAAAAAGUCAUGCAGGUUCUAACGGUCGAAUUAUGCAAUUAAAAAUCCAAAAAUUAAAAUCCCCUCUUGAUUAUUCUUCUUUCUUGACGUUGCAAAAUCCCCUUCAAGAAUUCAAUUCCUCCACUUUCUCUCCCAGUUUUAUCUGGAUCCAAGCUCUAACCUACCUGCAGAGUCUCGAAAUUAGCUCAAAAGCCUCCUGAAUUUUCCUUCAUUUUCUCUCUGUUUUCUUUGCACUUCCGACUUCUACUUCCUGAUUUACAUAGUUAAUACAAUCUUUUUUAUUCUGUUUCUGUUUUCUGCAGAUUCUUGGAGACCAUGGAGCCGGAAAUCAUUGAUUGGAGCAGCAUUGAAUCUAUUUUUGUAGAAGAUGAAGUAUAUGAGAACUUGGAUGCACCAAAGUGGUUUGAUUUCUCUGCAACUAGCCAUGACGAACAGCCCACUGAUGAUGAUGAUGCCUGGUUCUGCAAAUCAAAUUGCAAGCAUCCGAAGACUGCAGAAGAUUUUAAAAAAUCUACCUUUAAUUCAAAGGUGAAAUUUUUAAGAUCUAUGAACAUAUCUGAAAUGGUCCCUUUCAGGGACAGAACUUGCAGAGAUGCGAAGAAAAAAGAAGCAGAAAAGGCCAAUCAACAGAGCCUUGAAUCUGUAGAAAACUUAGGUGAAGAUGUGGAGAACAAGGAUCCAAACUUAAAUGAUUUCCAUCCUUUUACUAAUCUUGUGUCAAAGAAAGCAAUGACCAAAUCAUGUGCAGAGAAAAAUCAGCAAUUGGGUGAUCCGCAAGUAAAUUCAUCAAAGCCGCCAAGGCUGAGAAGCACAUUUUCAGCCCGGAAUUUGAAAGGUGGAAGAGAAAUUUUGAAUCAGAUCACAGAGUUCUGUUCUGAAUUAAAGAAAUUGGCAAAGAAGGGAUCAAAGAGAGCGACAACAGAGAAGGUUUUGGGUGAGAUGAAAGAGAGAGUAGAAGAAAAGGGGAGGGUUCCUCUGCUUGAGGUCAAGAAAUAAAGGAGAGUUAAACAGAGUAAAAACAGGGGAAAUAGUGAAAUGUUCUGUUUGUGAACAACUGUCAGGUCAAUAGGCAAUUCCGCUUGAGCCAUUUGGGCAUUGAAUUGCAUAUUCAAAGAGAUGUUUAUAGAAAUUUGAUAACUUUAUAGAGAAUAGUGAGUCAAAUUCUCGUAAUUGGAACACUUCUUUUUGCAGAUUUAUGUCUUUUUUCCGUUGCUAAUCUAAAAGAAAUAAUUUUAACAUUUUUAGUAA